UCAAUUCUUUGAAUAUCGUCUCUUUCUUGAAGAUUUAAUUUUAGGUAUCCCCUUGUAAUCUGCUCCUCAAUAAGCUUUCUCAAUUAGGUACCAGAAGGGAGAAGCUAGGAAGGAGGAAGAGGAGGAGAAGAGAUAAUGGAAGUAUAGACGACGGUACCUUAACUGCGGCAGCCGCCGGCAGUCUCUGGACACCAUUUUCCUUCCUGCAUCGGAAACGAAGUGAUCACAGACAGAUACCGAGGCACAGAAAGAAAUGCGUACUUUACACUCGCAAGUGAGUGCUCCAUCUCCUGCAAGUCUUGGAAUACAGAGCUCUCCAUCUAAACAGUAUUUAACACCAUUAUUCUUUUUACUUGGAGGAGUAGUCGUGCUCCUAAUCUUGCUGAUUCUCAUAUUGGUCUUUCGAAAAUUCCUCAAGGUUGUGGAGCUGACAAAGUUCGUAGGAUGUGCAAAAAGCCAACGUGGUGCUCCUGAUUUCUUCAGUGGAAACCUUCGAACCAUAAGUUAUUUUGACUUUCACACAUUGAAGAAAGCAACUAAAAAUUUCCACCACUCUAAUCUUCUUGGUCGAGGUGGUUUUGGCCCUGUUUAUCAGGGAAAAUUAGAGGAUGGAAGGUUAAUUGCUGUCAAGAAACUAUCUCUUGACAAAUCCCAACAAGGAGAAACUGAAUUCCUUGCAGAGGUGAGGAUGAUCACAAGCAUACAACAUAAGAACCUGGUUCGCCUUUAUGGUUGUUGUUCGGAUGGACCUCAACGCCUCCUUGUGUAUGAGUACAUGAAGAAUAGGAGUUUGGACCAUAUAGUGUAUGGGAAAAGUAAUCAAUUCCUGAACUGGGAGACCCGCUUCCAGAUAAUUCUUGGCAUUGCUCGAGGACUGCAAUAUCUGCAUGAGGACUCACAUCAGAGAAUUGUUCACAGAGACAUCAAAGCUAGCAACAUUCUUUUGGAUGACAAGUUUCAACCAAAGAUUGGAGACUUUGGCUUGGCAAGGUUCUUUCCUGAAGACCAGGCUUACUUGAGCACUAAAUUUGCUGGAACAUUAGGUUAUACCGCUCCAGAGUAUGCCAUACGAGGAGAAUUAUCUGAAAAGGCGGACAUAUAUAGCUUUGGAGUAUUGGUGCUAGAGAUUAUUAGUUGCCGGAAAAACACUGAUAUGACUUUGCCAUCAGACAUGCAGUACCUCCCUGAAUAUGCAUGGAAGUUACAAGAAAAGGGAAAGGUGAUCGAUUUAGUGGACUGUAAAUUGCCUGAAGAUGGUUAUGAUAAGAAGGAUGUGUUGCGAGCAAUCCAUGUUGCCUUCUUAUGCCUUCAACCUCUUGCAAACUUAAGACCACCAAUGUCAGAGAUUGCAGCCUUGUUGACAUGCAAUGAUGAAAUGAAUAGAACACCAAUGAAACCUAUCUUCAUGGAUACGAGGCGAAGGAAGGACGAUAAAGUUUCUUGGGAUACCAUGUCAGAUGCCUUCCCUUCUCCUCUAAAGAGUGAUUCCCCUUCCUUACGUCAGUUUUCCUAUUGAGGAUUAAUACGUCUUCCUUAUGUACCCUAAGCAAAAAACAUGAGUUCUUCUAUCUCAGUUUCAUGUUGGUUUGUUAAUUUAAGUUUGCAAAAAUUGUGAGCCUUUUUCUUUUGGUGUUUUUUUCUUUCUUAACAUAAAAUCUUUAUUCAUCAUUGUCUUGUGAGAGAUAGAAAUAUCAACACUAGUGCUAAAGCUUUACGGUGAUAUUAUUGUUAGUGAUGUAUACCCUAAUGCUAGAUUUGAAUGAA